CCCGUGUCCCCUCCCCUCCUGCUCCGUCCCCACGCCCCCCGCGAUGGCAGCAUGCCGCUGGCGGUGAAGUGGCCGUUCCCGGCGGGGCCGUCCCUGCCCUGGGCCCUGGCCAGCCGUCUCGUUACCGGUCUGGUGGGCACCUACAGCUGCGUCUGGACCCGCUACCUGAACCGGUUGCGGGUGCACAACGCCGAGGUGCUGCACGAACUGGUGGAGCGCCGGGGGCCCCUCACUCCCCUCCUCACCCUCUCCAACCACCAGUCUUGUAUGGACGACCCGCACCUCUGGGGUUCCCUAAAGCUGCGGCACAUCUGGAGUCUGCACAAGAUGCGGUGGACCCCCACGGCCGCCGACAUCUGCUUCACCCGGGAGCUGCACUCGCGCUUCUUCAGCCUCGGCCGCUGCGUCCCCGUCUGCCGCGGGGACGGCGUGUACCAGCGAGGGAUGGACUUCAUCCUGGAGAAGCUCAACCAGGGGGACUGGGUGCACGUCUUCCCUGAGGGCAAAGUGAACAUGGGGCAGGAGUUCGUGCGCUUCAAGUGGGGCAUCGGGCGCCUCCUGGCUGAGUGUCGCCUCGACCCCGUCAUCCUGCCCCUGUGGCACGGGGGCAUGAACGACGUCCUGCCCAACGCCCCCCCCUACGUCCCCCGCGUGGGGCAGCGAAUUACGGUGGUCGUGGGGCGACCGUUCAGCGUCCGGCCCCUCCUGGAGCGACUCCGGGCGGAGGGUACGUCAACGGUGGAAAUGCGGAAAGCUUUGACGGAUUUUGUGCAGAGGGAAUUCGAAGCGCUGCGGGGCCAGGCCCGGGCC